AUGAAUAACGCUGGGGGCCAAGUCGGCCAGGCUGGCCAGCCCCAGUCGCGCCCUCAGCCCAUGUAUCAGCCAUCACAAAUAAAAAACCUCCCUCUACUGAGCGACGAAGAAAAGGCCAAAUACGAACAGGGCGUCUCGGGACUCUGGGCCCGCAUGAAUAGUUCCCCGCCCAACAGCCCAGAGCAUAUGGCGGCUCGCAGCAAAAUUAUCGAGUUCUCCCGAAUGCUUAUAAGUAAGAUUCAAAGCCGUCGAGUACAGGCCCAGCAGCAGCAAGGACAACAAGUCGCUGCCCAGCGCCCUCAGGGACAGGCCGCCAGCCAGCAGCAACAGACUGCAGCACAGCCAAAGCCAGCCCAACAGGCGACAGCGGCUACGGAGAAGCCGGCGGGUGUUGCCAAUGGAGGGACCGCCACGGCCGGCCAGACUACGGCCGGUGAGAAACCUUCGAUAACUGCCGCUCUCACCCAGGCUAAGGUCCCGGAACGUUUCAUGGCCUUCGUCAACAAAAUGACGUUCAAGGCCCCGCACCAUCUUUCUGAAAAGUCCCCUGCUGAUGCUGCAAGGUGGGUUGAAGAUUUAAAGGUGCGCUAUGGAAGAGCGCUCAUGACUAUGGACGCCGCGAAGAGCAAGGUUGCUGCCAUGGACAAAAUAUUCAAUGAGCGCGCGCAGGCUGGCAACCCGAUGAAGGAUGAAGAGCUGCGCCAGUACCGUGAACAUAGAGAGAAGCAGCUGGAAUUGCACAGCAACGGCCAAAAGUGGAUCGAGACUGUGAGGAAGCAGCAGGAUGGACUCAACCAGAACGCCAAUGCAGGCGCUGCCCAAAACAAGGCCAACGGCGCAGCAACACCUACACAGCAAAACCAAAAUGUUACGGCGUCGGUCAAUGCCGCGGUUGAAGCCGCCAGGAAUCAGCAACAAAUUGCUGGUCAGCAACAAUCACCAGCGACAAAUACCCCGACGCCACAACAACAACAACAACAACAACAACAGGCUCGCCUGGCCCAGGGCGCGGCAGCAGCUCAGGGUGGUGCAACGAUUAAACAAGAGCCCCAGCAGCCGGCUCCCGUCAACACAGCCCUCGCCAACGCGCAGGUACAAACACCCGCCCAAGGUGCCGCACGAGUGGGCACACCGCAAAAUGCGAACGCGCAAGCACCCGGCGGCCCAAGUCGGGCCUUGAGUCACUCAGCUGCCAUGUCACUUGCAAACCAACGCGCUGCCGCUCAGCCUGCAAACACUGCUCUUGCAACGCAGCAGCAGCAGCAACAGCAGCAGCAACAGCAGGUUGCCCAGCAGCAGCAAUCUCAACAGCAACAGGCGGCGGCGGCGGCAGCGGCGGCGCAACAGCAACAGCAGCAGCAGCAAGCCACAGGUACACCAACUCCAGGCACCAGCACCCCGAACACUGCCGGCGCCAAUACGGCCGCUCAGCCUUUGCAACAACAGCAGUCGCAGGGCCACUCGCACGCGCACCCCUCGCAGUCCCAGCAGCAGCCGGCCACCUCCCUCCAGUCCAAGAUGCCAAUCCAGAAGGCGUUGCCCGAGCGCUCGACAGCGGUUCCCCAGGGGGUGACCCUCGGCGGUGGCGUCGCCGCCGGCCGGCCGACUAUUUCCCAAGGUGGCGGCAUCCUCGGCGGUGUCAUGAACCAGCCAGCCAUGGCCAAGGUCCCCGCCUACAGCCACGAUGCCGAAGGCGACCACGUGCUCAGCAAGAAAAAGCUUGACGAGUUGGUGCGACAGGUCUGUGGCGCACCGUCCGAGGGCAGCUCUGACAGCAACCUUCUCACGCCCGAGGUGGAAGAGAGCGUCCUGAACAUGGCUGACAGUUUCGUCGACAACGUGCUCCACGCGGCGUGCCGCAACUCUAAGGAACGCGGCUCCAAGGUUCUUGAGAUCCGCGACAUUCAGCUUGUCCUCGAGCGCACGUAUAACAUCCGCGUCCCCGGCUACUCGUCGGACGAGCUGCGCACCGUCCGCAAGGUGCAGCCCGCCCCCGGCUGGAUCGCCAAGAUGAGCGCCGUCCAGGCCGCCAAGGUCAUGCCCGGCAAGGGAGAGUAA